UCUCACCACAAAACCAGUAAGAAAAUGAAACCAAGACUAGACUAAUGUUUUGUGAAUGAGAAAAUAGUUGAAGAGUAAAAUGGGUUUCUCUUUCACUACCUCAACUCCAACUCUCAACUUUACUAUCAAUUCAUCUUCUUCCUCCACACCCUUCAAGCCUCCCAAACUUCCUCUGUUUUGGCCAUGGCAAAAGGUGAAGAUGGGACCAAUGACUGUGUCUCCAAUGGGGUUUGGGACGUGGGCAUGGGGCAACCAGUUUCUUUGGGGGUAUGAAGAGUCCAUGGACGCUCAGCUUCAACAAACCUUUAACUUAGCUGUUGAGAAUGGUAUCAAUCUCUUUGAUACUGCUGAUUCUUAUGGGACUGGCAGGCUAAAUGGAAAAAGCGAAAAACUUCUUGGCAAAUUCAUCACCGAUAUUCAGGGGCAAAAGCGGAUACAAGAUGACAUUGUGAUUGCUACUAAGUUUGCUGCAUAUCCUUGGCGUCUGACACCAGGGCAGUUUGUUAAAGCUUGCAGGGCUUCCCGUGAUCGGCUGCAAAUUGAACAAAUUGGGAUAGGGCAGUUACACUGGUCUACUGCGAAUUAUGCACCAGCACAAGAGUUAGCUCUUUGGGAUGGUUUGGUGGCAAUGUACGAGAAGGGUUUAGUUAAAGCAGUUGGGGUGAGCAAUUAUGGACCAAGACAGCUUGUGAAGAUACACGAUUACCUCAAAGCCCGAGGAGUUCCUCUCUGCUCAGCUCAGGUGCAAUUUUCAUUGCUAAGUGUGGGAGACGAUCAGCUGGAGAUAAAAAAUAUAUGCAACUCUCUCGGCAUCCGCUUGAUUUCUUAUAGUCCUCUAGGACUUGGAAUGCUUACUGGGAAAUAUACAGCUUCUAGACUUCCAAGUGGACCUCGGGCCCUGCUAUUCAGACAAAUCGUUCCCGGAUUGGAGCCUUUAUUGAGCUCUCUAAGAGAAAUUGCAGAAAGACGGCACAAAACCAUACCACAGGUGGCAUUAAACUGGUGCAUCUGUAAGGGUACCAUUCCGAUACCUGGAGUUAAGACAGUUAAACAGGUGGAAGAAAAUUUGGGAGCUCUCGGCUGGCACCUCAACUCGGAUGAAGUGCUUCAGUUAGAAAAGGCCGCAAGUGAGUCUCCCAGGAAAAUGAUUCAAAACAUAUUCCAGACAAGAUAAAUUCUGGAGAAAAGCAACAGCUGAGGAGAUCCAUGUUGGAGUCGGAAGAUAAAAUAGACCAUGGUCUAUGUAAAGGCUUUAAAUCAAUCAUUACAAGGGUUUUAUUUUCUAGGUUUAUAUGAUUCUGCUUACAAAUGCAGAAAAUUAUGAGAGAAUGAAAGGAGUUAUUAUUUAAGCCCACCAAACUUAUUUGUAAACCCCAUUAAUAAUUAAAAUUAUUUU